AUGCAAGACGGGGACUGGGAUAGCAGAAUAGCCAAUCUCAUAAAAUGGCUCGAGAACGGUGGGUCGUUUAUCUCGCCGCGUCUGAAAGUGAAGUCUGACUUGGUUUAUGGAAGGUCUAUCUGGAUAGACUCCGACGCGAAAGAACAUGAACAGCUGAUCUCGAUCAAGUUCAAUUACACCUUGAAUGUCGUUACGGUAUGUAGACAGCUGAAGAACUUUGAAGCCGUCGAUUCUGUUUCAGAUGUGGAGAAUUUCUACGCGAACUUGAAAAACGUGUGUGAGACGUUAAAUUCGUUCCAACUGAUACCUCUUUUCCUGGUCUGCGAAUCAAGAAGGGGUCCCAAGUCUUUCUGGAGCCCUUUCGUGAAAUGUUUGCCACGAAUUGAAGAGUUGAGUGGAAUGCCGAUGACUUGGUUAUGGAGAAAUCAAGAAAGUCGAAGCUGGACGCUAUUGCCCAAAUGGUCAAGAGAGCGUUCCCAGGAACAGCUUGAAAGAUUUAAAUCAGAUUGGAAAAUUGUUAGCAAAGUACUGAGCGACUGCAGCUACUCAGACUUGAUCAGAGAGAAAGAAUUUCUAUGGGCAUGGCUGUGCUGCAACACAAGAUGUCUCUACAUGGAGUUACCAGCAAGCUUGGCAUUAUCAACAGCCGAUAACAUCUCCAUGGUGCCAUAUCUGGAUUUCAUCAACCACGAUUACUCAGAAGCUGCUGUUGAGCCUAUUGCACCACCGAAUAUUGAUCAAGACUGGAGGCUUUUAUCAGGCAAAAAAACCAAACAGGGGGAAGUGUGUUUCUCGUAUCAUUGUGACUCAGAUGAGUACUUUCUUUGUGAGUAUGGUUUCAUGCUUGAGGAAAACACUUACAAUCACAUCCAGUUGGACUUUAUCCUCAAUGGGUUGUUCAAGCCCGAGCAAAGAAAAUUCUUGGAAGACAAUGGGUAUUGGGGUGAUUACAAGGUGUAUUCCGACGAGAUCACUUUCAGAACAGAAGUAGCACUAGCAGUGCUUCAAGAAACCACCAACUUUGCAAAAAUAGAGGCUUUCAUGAAUGGCGAGUCUGAAAACUCAUACACAGUUACAAGUACAAGAUUUCUAAAGAAGGUUCUUCAGAAAUACCAGAAUUGGUGCUUAGAGAGACUCAGCGCCAUACGCAGCUACGAAACGGACGAAAACCCAUACUUAAUCCAAUUGUACAAUAGGUCGUUAAAAGUUGUCAACCAGCUUCUAUAG